ACAGAUUGGUCAUGCACAGGGCAGGCUUGGAUCCUUGCCUUGCGGACCUCAAAACCUCCUUUUGUAAGCAAGAAGAUUUGAGGAAACCGAAAAGAAAUUGUAUGCUGAUUUGUCCAAUUCCGGCUUUCCCCGUGAAAUUUUUUUUUGACAUGUCUAUCCCGAUGGAAUAUGGUUCCAUUUACAGAGAUUGUCAAACUAUGGAUGAUCUGGAGAAACAGCUGAUUUGCCCAAUUUGCUUGGAAAUGUUUACCAAGCCUGUGGUGAUCCUGCCCUGCCAGCAUAACUUGUGUCGAAAAUGUGCCAACGAUAUCUUUCAGUCUCGUGGCACUGCCUUGGGCUCGGGGGGCCGUUUCCGAUGUCCAUCCUGCCGGCAAGAAGUUGUCCUGGACAGACAUGGAGUUUAUGGAUUGCAAAGAAACUUAUUAGUGGAAAAUAUUAUUGACAUUUACAAACAAGAAUCUUCAAGGCCUAAUGCAAAAGCGGAACAGCCUAUAUGUGAGGAGCAUGACGAGGAGAGGAUCAAUAUUUACUGCGUGUCGUGUGAGGUUCCUACCUGCUCUCUGUGCAAGGUAUUCGGUGGACACAAGAACUGUGAAGUGGCCCCUUUGGCAACAGUGUACAAACAGCAGAAGAAAGACCUUAGUGAUGAGGUUGGUACCCUCGUAGCGGCGAAUGCCAAAUUGCAAGGUUUUAUUAAUCAGCUGGGGGAGACCACCAGAAAUGUUGAGCACAACUGUAGGAGUCAAAAGCAGAUGUUGUGUGAAAAGUUUGACUCCCUGUUUACUAUUUUGGAAACACGAAAACAAGAAAUGUUACAAAGAAUCACAGGCGAGCAAGAUGAAAAGACCUCUUACUGCAAGUCUUUGAUGAGAACUUAUGGAGAACAUGUACACGCCAUGUCUAAACUUGUGGAAACAGCACUGCAAUCAAUGGAGGAACCGCAAAUGGCAGUAUUUCUGCAGAAUGCAAAGUCUAUGACUACAAAACUUUCAGAGGCAACGAGAGCAUCAGAGUUUGAAGAGUUAGAGCCUGAUUAUGAAACUAUGGAUCAUUACACCGCGGACUUUGAAAAAGAAGUGAAAAUCCUACAGGAAACUGACUUUAUCAAAGCUGAAGAGGAAACUGAAGAAGGAGCUGAAGAAGAUGAGGAAUGCACAGCAGAAGGAAUGGAAGAUUGUGCAGCUGAAUCUGAAUGUCUAAACAUUACAGCAGGAUUAACCAACGCUGAAUCAACAGGAUGUGUGCUUGGAGCCUCUGCAAUGGAAGAAUCUUGUGCUGAAUUAUCGGUGGAAAUCCCUGCAGCAGAAUCCAGCGCUGAAUUCUCAGGAGAUAACCCGACAUCAGAAGAAUCAAGUCCUGAAUUUUUAGAAGAUAGCCCUGCAGAAGAAUCUAAUGCUGGAUUAUCAGGACAGAGCCUUGCACCAGAAGAAUCUAAUGCUGAAUUAUCAGGACAUAGCCCUGCAUCAGAAGAAUCUAGUGCUGGAUUAUCAGGACAUAGCCGUGCAUCAGAAGAAUCUAGUGCCGGAUUAUCAGGACAUUGCCCUGCAUCAGAAGAAUCUAGUGCUGGAUUAUCAGGACAUAGCCCUGCAUCAGAAGAAUCUAGUGCUGGAUUAUCAGGACAUAGCCGUGCAUCAGAAGAAUCUGGUGCUGGAUUAUCAGGACAUAGCCCUGCAUCAGAAGAAUCUAGUGCUGGAUUAUCAGGACAUAGCCCUGCAUCAGAAGAAUCUGGUGCUGGAUUAUCAGGACAUAGCCCUGCAUCAGAAGAAUCUGGUGCUGGAUUAUCAGGACAUAGCCCUGCAUCAGAAGAAUCUAGUGCUGGAUUAUCAGGACAUAGCCCUGCAUCAGAAGAAUCUGGUGCUGGAUUAUCAGGACACAGCCCUGCAUCAGAAGAAUCUAGUGCUGGAUUAUCAGGAGAUAGCCCUGUAGAAGAACCUAGUGCUGAAUUAUCAGAGGAAAUCAUUGCAGUGAAAGAAUCCGGCAUUGAAUGGUCAGGGGAAAUCCCUGUGGUCGACGAACCCAACUCCGAAUUCUCUAUGGACAUCCCAGCAAUGGAAGAAUCCAAGAGUGACCUUUCAGGUACUGCAGAGGAAGUCUCUGCAACCAAACAAUCUAACGCUGCACAUCCAGGUGCUGUAGAUGGAGCUUCCCCAACAGAGGAAGUGAGUGCUUCCUCACUGGUGUUUGGAGAUCUCAGUGAGGUGUCUUCAGAUGCUGCAAAUGGGAAAUCAAGUGAUUCACCUCCAGCUGCUUUGGAUGAAGGAGCCCCAAUAAGAAUAGAUUUGUGUAUUAUAUCUCCAAACUCUGUGGAAAGAAUCCCUGCAAUAGAUAAUUCCAAGGCUGAACCUCCACAUGUUAUGAAUGGAAUUCUUGCAAUGGAAGAACCCAGCCCUGGGGGUGCUGAGGACUUGAUUGUUAUGGGAGAGGCUUCCAGUGCUGAAUUAUCAAGGGAAAUCCUUGCAACUUCAGGCGUUGCAGAUACAGUCUCCACCACAAAGGAAUCCAACCCUGAAUCUCUAGAAGGAGUUCUGUCAACAGCUACGGAAGCUGGUGUUGCUGCACAAGAAGCUGAGGCCAAAGUGGAUGAGAUUGUUGAGAAGGAUGAUGUUACAAUGAGUGGAGAGCACAAAGCUAAUGACUUAGACAAACAACAGUUGUUGGCUGAGGAAGAAACUAAACUGUACCCAAGUUGGUAUAAAUCUGGGUGCUGGGCUUUGGUGAAUGCCCCUUUGUUUGCCACAAGUACCAAAGAGGAUGCCAUCUCUCAAGAUGCAACUGGUCCAUCGUCAAUGACAGAGAAUAUUUCACAGCCUGAAUCUAUCUUGGCUCCAGUUGAUGCAGAGACAUCCUAUGCAGUGAACACAUCUGAUCAAGAGCCUGAAAUACCAUCACCUGUAGUCCAGAUAGAAAGUUCAAGCUCUACAGCAGAAACUUCUGGACAACAGACAGCAAGUCAUGAACCGAGCACACCUGAUCCAGCCCGCCAUUUAUUCUCCUUUUCCUGGCUGAAUGCUCUUACUAAGUAGAGUAGCACGAGAGUCCUUCAGUCAACAGUGUGCAAGGGGAAACAUUAAAAACAGUGACCAGCGUUUGGGAAUGUAGAUGUUGGUGAGGGAAGCAAGUGAUUAGUAACUUGCACGAAUAUUGCAGUGUGAGCUUUUAAUACAAGAGUUGGUCUGUGUCCUUUAAUACAAUCCAAUUUGAUCUAAAAAGAAGAGAUGAGCACUUACAUACAACUGUUCUACAUAAAUACAAGAAGAUGCUUUAGUUUGAAGAGCUCAACCUAAUGUGUUUAUUUACCAGAAUACUUCAUUAAAGGGUAACAUUUAGGAACAUUUUCUGCUUUGUUGAUUGUGCAAUUUAUAUUAGACUAUCGGUAUUUUAAGGGCUAUCUGCAGUGCUGGUAUAUUCAGGAGCAUAUGUGUUGUGUAAGAUCUAUAUUUUACUAUCAGUAGAAACUGGAACAAUUACUAAAAGAGCCAUUGUUAGCAGAAAGAAAAAUCAGAUUGAAAAUGGGUCAUCGAUGAGAGUUGCGGAUAUAGGAAUUGUUUUCCUGAAAGAUAGUUUAAGAUGUUUUUAUCUUUAUUUAAGAUGUAGUAUUGGAUUUUGUUCCAUUUUCAUCCACUGAAAAAAAUCUACUCUUCAAAUGAUGCAAUGAUGUGCAUAUUUUCUUUGAAUCGAUUUAGAACAAAAUGGCUGUUAACUACAAUCCUCUGUGGUUUACGUUAGAAUAAAUGAAUUCAUAUCCAUAUGA